AUGUCCGAACUCGUGAAGGCUAAUGGCAAGGCGCCUGCCACUCUGUCGCCUACCCCAACACCUCCAUGCACCCCCAUUGAUGAAAAUGCUCAGAGGAGCCUGAUGUUGGAUGGAGUGUAUCAACAGCUUGACACACAGAAGGAAUUGAAAGAUCUUCUUGUGGAGGUUAUCCAGGAGAUCAGGGCUAAUCCCACUGCAGCUGAGCCUAGUACAGAAGAUGCCAUAUCAGAAAUGCACAAGUCAUCAGACUCCAAGCCCACAGUUACUGCACUUGACUCUAAGCUUGACUUCAAGAGAGUUGAUAAAAUUUGGGAUAAAGUGAUACUGAAGUAUAAGAUCAAGAAAGUAGUGAAAGAGAUUCUUAAUAAGCUUGACCAAUAUAUCUUUGUUGUUUGA